AUGGCCGCUCGCGCCCUCAUCGCCUCCCUUGCUGCCACCGCAGCCGCCACCCCCCUCAACCCAACGGCCACCAAACUCGCCCCUCGCGAUGUGAUCGACCAUGACGCCGUUGUCGGCUUCGACGAGACAGUCCCAGACUCCACAGUUGGCCAGCAGUACCUAGCCUACCAGCCGUAUCUGUACGUCGAGGACGGCUGUGUCCCGUUCCCCGCCGUUGACGCUGACGGGAAUACUAGCGGCGGCCUCCAACCCUCCGGCUCCCCCUCAAGCGACUGCGACUCCUCAACCGGGCAGGUCUACGCCCGCUCCACAAUCUCCGACGGCUCAGUAUCCACCUACGGCGCGGGCAUCAUGUACAGCUGGUACAUGCCCAAGGACUCCCCGAGCACAGGCCUCGGCCACCGGAACGACUGGGAAGGCGUAAUCGUGUGGCUGUCAGACAAAUCCUCAACCACGGCUGAUAACAUCGCCGCUGUAUGCCCCAGCGCGCACGGCGAGUGGAACUGCGACACCGACGGCUUUACGCUUGACGGGACGCGGCCGCUUAUUAAGUACUCGAGUACUUGGCCCGUGAAUCAUCAGAUGGAUCUUACCGAUGAGGUUGGUGGGACGCAGCCGCUGAUUGCGUGGGAGAGCUUGCCGGAGGUGGCCAGGCAGGCGCUGCAGGAUGCGGACUUUGGCGAUGCGACUGUCCCGCUGAAGGAUAACACUUUUGGUGGGAAUUUGGAGAGUGCGACUUACUAG